AAUGAGCGACGACGAGACGUUGGCCGACGUCCGAAUCGUUCUGAUCGGCGACGAAGGAUGCGGAAAGACAUCGCUGGUGAUGAGUCUUCUCGAAGAUGAAUGGGUCGAUGCAGUUCCCCGGAGAUUAGACAGAGUGCUCAUACCAGCGGAUGUCACCCCGGAAAACGUCACGACGAGCAUCGUGGACUUAUCGAUUAAGGAAGAAGAUGAAAAUUGGAUUGUGUCAGAAAUCCGCCAGGCGAAUGUCAUUUGUGUGGUCUACUCGGUUACAGACGAGUCCACUGUUGAUGGAAUUCAAACAAAGUGGCUACCCCUGAUUCGCCAGUCCUUCGGAGAAUACCACGAGACUCCGGUCAUUUUGGUCGGCAAUAAAUCAGAUGGGACCGCGAAUAAUACUGAUAAGAUUCUCCCCAUAAUGGAGGCGAACACCGAAGUCGAAACUUGCGUUGAAUGCUCGGCUCGCACGAUGAAAAACGUCUCAGAAAUCUUCUACUACGCCCAGAAAGCUGUGAUCUACCCAACAAGGCCAUUAUACGAUGCAGACACCAAACAACUGACAGAUCGCGCCAGAAAAGCACUGAUUCGAGUCUUCAAAAUUUGCGAUCGAGACAACGAUGGAUAUCUCAGUGAUACAGAGCUCAACGAUUUCCAGAAGCUUUGCUUCGGCAUCCCACUCACCUCAACGGCACUGGAAGAUGUGAAACGAGCGGUUUCAGAUGGAUGCCCAGAUGGUGUUGCUAAUGAUUCUCUGAUGCUCGCCGGAUUCCUCUACCUUCAUCUUUUGUUCAUUGAGCGAGGACGUCACGAAACGACAUGGGCGGUACUGCGGAAGUUCGGUUAUGAGACCAGCUUGAAGCUAUCCGAAGAUUAUCUCUACCCAAGAAUCACAAUUCCCGUGGGCUGCUCAACCGAGCUAUCACCAGAAGGAGUGCAAUUCGUGUCGGCGUUAUUUGAAAAGUACGAUGAAGACAAAGAUGGAUGUCUUUCUCCGAGUGAACUUCAGAAUCUCUUCUCAGUAUGCCCGGUUCCAGUUAUUACCAAAGAUAAUAUUCUCGCACUGGAAACAAAUCAGCGAGGAUGGUUGACAUAUAAUGGAUAUAUGGCAUAUUGGAACAUGACAACGCUCAUCAAUUUGACACAGACUUUCGAGCAGCUAGCAUAUCUCGGGUUUCCAGUCGGAAGAAGCGGACCUGGUCGUGCUGGGAAUACACUCGACUCGAUCAGAGUGACUCGUGAACGGAAGAAGGAUCUAGAAAACCAUGGAACCGACCGAAAAGUCUUCCAAUGCCUGGUAGUCGGAGCCAAGGACGCUGGAAAAACAGUCUUCAUGCAAUCCCUAGCAGGACGUGGAAUGGCUGAUGUAGCACAAAUAGGACGUCGUCAUUCUCCAUUCGUUAUCAAUCGUGUCCGAGUGAAAGAGGAGAGCAAGUACCUGCUUUUGCGUGAAGUUGAUGUUCUCUCACCACAAGAUGCGCUGGGAUCCGGCGAGACGUCGGCGGACGUCGUCGCUUUCCUCUAUGAUAUCUCGAAUCCGGAUUCAUUCGCGUUCUGCGCUACAGUUUAUCAGAAAUAUUUCUAUAGAACAAAAACACCGUGUGUGAUGAUUGCCACGAAAGUUGAACGGGAAGAAGUUGACCAGCGAUGGGAAGUGCCGCCGGAGGAAUUCUGUAGACAAUUUGAGCUCCCGAAGCCGAUCAAGUUCUCGACGGGCAAUAUUGGCCAAUCCUCUUCACCGAUCUUCGAGCAGCUCGCCAUGAUGGCAGUUUAUCCACAUCUCCGUCGUGUUUUCUACCUCAACGACUCGAAUCUUCUCUCCAAAAUCACAUUCGGCGCUGCCAUAGUAGCUCUAGCUGGUUUCCUAGUCUUGAAAAAUCUGUAAUAGAAUCAUUUGUUAGCAUUUUUCCCCUUGGUGCUCUCGCUCUGUUUCUAUUUAUUCUCCCCCCGCCGGGUCGACUGUAAUUAUCCAACUAGGAUUUGUUACUAUCCGGAACUUUAUUCUCGAUUACACCUGUGUAUCUUUUUUUUCCUAUUUUUAAUACUCAGAUAUUUUCAAAUUCCGAUAAAUCUUUCUUCCUUG